CCCCACACAUCAACCCUUCCCUCCCCCGCAACGAGCGAGCGAGGCUUCCCCGCCCACCUACUCGGGGUGCUCAAUUUUUCACUCUCUACGGCGGCACAGGACCCUCCUUGCUUUCGCUCAAAUACCCCUGGCCAGCAUCUCCCAUCCCUAAUAAUGGCCUCGUAUUCCAACCGUUUCGAAGUGCCUGUCGAGAGCAUCGCCGACAGCGUCGACACCCCGCGCGGCUCUGCGUACCUCAACGCGCCUCCUGGGGUGCGGGACAGCUCUGCGAUCUCUACCCCUGCGGAAUCCUCUCCCUUCCUCGCCCAGAGCAACAAGGAGGCGAAUUUCAUCAACUCGCAGGAGACGCUCCCCUCGCGCCGCCCCCUGUACAAGCGGGCAUGGUUCUGGGUGGUCGCGAUCGUGGCGAUCGUGGUCGUCGCGCUCGCGGUAGUCCUGCCCGUCAUCUUCGUGGUCGUCAAACCCGGCCACCACCACUCGACCUCGGGAGCGUCCUCUUCCUCCUCCGGAUCUUCUGGUUCGACUGGCUCCGGCGACUCGGGUUCUAACAGCUCAAGUCCGACCACGACCAAGACUGGCAUCACGACUGGCGGAGACGGCAGCACGGUCACGAAGGAUGAUGGCACGACAUUCGUGUACAAGAAUUCCUUCGGGGGCUACUGGGUGUCUGAUCCCGCCAACCCCUUCGACAACUCCGCGCGCCCGAACUCGUGGACGCCUCCCCUGAACGAGAGCUGGACGUGGGGCGUGGACCGCAUCAACGGCGUCAACAUCGGCGGCCUGUUCGUCAUCGAGCCGUUCAUCGUCCCGCAGCUGUUCGAGCAGAACGCGGGCACGGUCGACGAGUGGACGCUCAGCGUGGCGCUCGGGGACAAGCUCCAGCAGACGAUCGAGGACCACUACAACACGUUCAUCACCGAGGAGGACAUCGCGCAGAUCGCGGGGGCGGGGCUGAACUGGAUCAGGGUGCCCAUCCCGUUCUGGGCGAUCGAGAAGUGGGACAAUGUGGGUGUGGAUGCGAACGGGGAGACGGUGGCAGAGCCUUUCUUGGCGAGGACUUGUUGGAAGUACAUUCUUCGGUUGCUCGGCUGGGCUCGCAAGUACGGUAUCCGCGUGAACCUCGACCUCCACACUAUCCCUGGGUCGCAAAAUGGUUACAAUCACUCUGGCAAGCUCGGGUCGAUCAACUGGCUCAGCGGCGUCAUGGGGCUCGCCAAUGCAGAGCGGUCGCUUGACUACAUCCGUAUAGUCGCCGAGUUUGUUUCCCAGCCGGAGUGGAGGGCCGUCGUCCCGAUGUUCAGCAUGCUCAACGAGCCGUUCCUACACGACAUUGGCAACAACCAGGUGCAGUCGUUCUACCUGAAAGCAUACACGAUGGUGCGCGAGAUAACCGGUGUCGGCGCGGGUAACGGUCCCAUGAUCACCAUUCAUGACGGUUUCACUGAACCUGCCAACUGGGCUGGGUUCCUCCCCGGUGCUGAUCGGCUUGCCUUGGACACCCACCCAUACUUUGCGUUCGACGGCCAACAGAACCGCGAGCCCGUCAACAUCACCGCAGACGGCGACAGCACGCAGCUCGGCGGUCAGUGGCCGCUCCAAGCAUGUAACUCGUGGGGCAAAUCUCUCAACGAUAGCCGCUCCGCAUUCGGCGUGACCAUGGCCGGCGAGUUCAGUAACGCGAUCAAUGACUGCGGUCUCUACGUCAACGGUGUCGGCGGCUCUGCCCGCUACGGCGCCGGUUGCGAGUACUGGCAGGACGCGAGCGGCUGGUCGGACGAGACGAAGCAAGGUCUCCUCAACUUCGCGCUCGCGAGCAUGGACGCCCUCGGCGAUUGGUUCUUCUGGACGUGGAAGAUCGGCAACUCCACCACGACCAACUCGGUCCAGGCCCCGCUCUGGUCGUACCAGCUCGGGCUCGAGAACGGCUGGAUGCCCACAGACCCCCGUCAGGCGCUGGGGAAGUGCGCCAGCCUCGGUGUGGCUCCGGCGCCCUUCGACGGCACCUUCCAGUCGUGGCAGACGGGCGGCGCGGGCGCGGGCACGAUCGCGCCGUCGGCGACGGCGGACUUGGUGUGGCCCCCGGCAUCGAUCACGAGCGUCCCCGCGGGGAGCGUGACGGCGCUGCCGCAGUACACGGCCACAGGCACGCUUUCGACGCUCCCCCCGCCCACGUUCAGCGCGAGCGUGACUGCGAGCGUGGGCAAUGGGUGGUUCGACGGCGCGGAUAAUGCGCCUGCUGUCACUGCCAUCUCUGGGUGCACGUACCCCGACGCCUGGGAUGCGGACAAUGCGCAGAUUCCGCUCUCGGGUUGCUUGCCCGCUGCUCGGUGAAGCGGACCUUCUGAUACCCUUGAUUUCGCCUUCGAUCAUCUCGGACGGCAUGGACGCUCCGCAUUUUGACGAUGCGUUGCGGCAGGGCUCUACAUGGACUUCAUGACUUGGCUACGCUCGCUUGUGCUGUUGAUUCUUCAUUCCUUGGGCUGGAGAGCACGGACUGCUGGUGCACUACUUUUACGCACGCUCUGUAUUGUUACCCGCUUACGCUACACGCAUGGAUGCUAUAAUGAAGAGGUUUUGUUGCACUCCGCAGGCAUACUCACGUUGGGGUCUACGGAACAUCCCUGCCUCUCGCUCUCUUGCGUUGGUCCCAGCUGCUUACUCCAUUCAAUCCAUCCACUGCGAAUGUGAGGGUCAUCCUCCCAUCCACAGUUGAUUCACCGCCGCUUCGAUGGAGGAGUAUGCUGAGCGACGCAGCCGAUCCUUCCUCCAAUACAAUCCUAUCGCUGCAAUCAAUCCUCACUGUCUUGGCCGGGGUCAGACCUUCUCAGGUAUCCGUCGUGGGUCGACACUCGGCGAAAGACGAAAGACAGGCCCGCAUACUGCUACCAUUCAUACUGGCAGGAACAUCCCC